AUGGCAUCCCCAAUAACCCCAACUCAACUCUCCACCGCGCUCAUACAAUCCGGCCUCCCAACGCCUCACCCCUCCUUCCUAACCCCCCAUACUAAACACCGCAUCAAACUCCCAACGCCAACCCCCGCUCUCCUCCCUCUCAGCAACAGCACGUCUCCGCCUCCUCUCAGCCGACAUAUCAACACCCUCCAUCCUCGCCCCAACCAACGGCUCCUUCCCCCAAAACAUAUCCGAUAUACGAACAUCGGACGCAGCAAGUGGGACCAGAUUCUGGAUCUGGAAGCAGAGCGUAAAGGGGAGCGGGUGAAGGGGCGGGAGGUCAUACGCGUGCUACCUACACAAGAAAAUGAGCUUGGCUCUACAGCUUCUACGCAAGCGAUUGCUAACCCUACGGCUGCGAAUGCGGCAGUAUCGAACAAGGGGCCGUUCAAAGUUCUAUUGCAAGAUAUGAAGGGACAGCAGGUUUAUGGGUUUGAGGUGAAGGGAGUGGAUAAAUUGGGGUAUCCGCCGGGCAUGAAUAUUGGGUGUAAGGUCAUGUUGAAGAAGGGGUGUAAGGUUGCGAGAGGAAUGGUAUUGCUUGAACCGGCGUGUGUGGUUGUCCUUGGCGGAAAGAUUGAGGCGCUGGAUAAGGGGUGGAGAGAGGGUAGGGAGGAGAGGUUGAGGAUGGAUGUGAAGAAGAAUGAAGAGGCUCCUGGUAGGGCAAAUGUUUGA